AAAUACCGCGAACACACAGCAUGGUAGCGUUCUUUCCGAGAAGUGCAGAGGAUAGCUACGACUUCGUGCUUAGUCUGGUGAGGAACCAGAACGAAGGUUUAAGUACCUCGGCGUGGAAAGUCGUAGCAAGCAGUGUUGUGGGUUCCGGGUGGAACCUCAACAUCACGAUGGACGACGAGUCCUACAAGUUUAUAAGGCUGAAGGGAUUCAAACUGAAUUUCCGCUUCGGCAAGAUUAUGAUGCGGCCAUGGAGGCCCAAGGCUGCGUCCACGAGCCAAGAGGCCAAGACGGGGAUGAACGUAGCACCAGCUCCUCCCGUAGCCCGCCCAGCGGCGCAUGAGGCGACUGCAGCUGUGGCUUCGGGUAAGGACAGCGAAUCCCCCAGCGAACCCAUCUCGGCUGGGCAGGUUGCGACCGCCGCCGCGGAUGCAGAUGAGAGCAACGGGCAGGAAGGAAAGAUGUCAUUCACCCAGGAGCAGGAGGCGACUGCAUCUGUGGUUUCGGGGGAGGAUAGCGAAUCCCCCAGCGGACUCAUCUCGGCUGGGCAGGCUGCGACCACCGCCGCGGAUGCAGACGAGAGUAACGGGCAAGAAGAAAAGAUGCCAUCCACCCAGGAGCUUCUGGAAGGGUUGGAGAUGCAGGUCGAUGAAGGGGACGAAGACGGGGACCUGUCUCUCUUAGAACCGAUUCUGUAGGCUCCAGCACCGGCAUAGAAGUGGCCCAGGUGAACCUACAUCACGCAUCGGCAGCCUCGGCAGUCAUCGUGAAGAGGUUCAUCUCGGAUAACCUGGGCAUCCUUCUAAUCCAGGAACCUUGGGUGUUCAAAGGAGAGGUAAGAGGCCUCAACAUGAGAAGGAGCAAGAGUUUCUAACGCAAGACCUGGUGGCGGUGCAAGUGAAGGACAAGGAAGGAUCGGACUUCGUCCUUGCAUCCGCAUACUUUCCGGGAGAGUCAGCCACAGCACCCCCCCCAUCGAUACUUGGUCUGGUGGAGUAUUGUAAAUCCAACAAUCUCCCCCUGACCAUAGGAUGUGACGCAAAUGCUCAUCACACGGAAUGGGGUAGCACGAACUGCAACAUGAGGGGUGAGUCACUGCUUGAAUUUAUACUUAGUAAUAAUAUUAACAUAGAGAAUGUGGGCUGCGAGCCAACCUUCGUAACAAGUGUCCGCAGGGAAGUCCUAGACAUUACCCUAAGCAAUGACAACAUGAUCGGGUUGAUCUCGCAGUGGAGGGUAUCAAAAGAGCCCUCACUGUCAGAUCACAGAAUCAUUCGUUUUGCUCUGAGGGUGGUAGUCGGGGACCGACCUCCAACUCGUACCCCCAGAAAUACAAAUUGGGGCACUUUCAAAGAGACCCUAAGUAGAAGCAUAAGUGUAGUGGAGCAGGCGGAUGUUAGGUCCACCACAGAUGGACUGGAGAGCAGACUGAGUGCCA